CGAGCCCAGCGGCUGAGGGCGGGCGGGCGGGCGCGGGGGAGGGAGGGGGGCCGGUCCGCGACGACUCUCCGGACGGCGUUUCUCCGCCGAGCGGCGCCGCUUUCGGCUGCGGGGGGGGCGGGGGUCCAGCCCAUCCAUGACCAUGGGCGACAAGAAGAGCCCGACCAGGCCAAAAAGACAAGCGAAACCUGCGGCAGACGAAGGGUUCUGGGACUGUAGCGUCUGCACCUUCAGGAACAGCGCCGAAGCCUUCAAAUGCAGCAUCUGCGACGUGCGGAAAGGCACCUCCACCAGAAAACCUCGGAUCAAUUCUCAGCUGGUGGCACAGCAGGUGGCACAGCAGUAUGCCACCCCACCACCCCCAAAGAAGGAGAAGAAGGAGAGAGCGGAAAAGCAGGACAAAGAGAAACCGGAGAAAGAGAAGGAAAUCAGUCCUAGUGUGACCAAGAAAAAUACGAACAAGAAAACAAAACCAAAGUCUGAUAUUCUGAAAGAUCCUCCUAGUGAAGCAAACAGUAUACAGUCUGCAAACACAACGACAAAGGCCAGUGAAACGAAUCACACCUCAAGGCCCCGGCUGAAAAACGUGGACAGAAGCACUGCACAGCAGUUAGCAGUGACUGUGGGCAACGUCACCGUCAUUAUCACAGACUUUAAGGAAAAGACUCGCUCCUCGUCAACCUCGUCCUCCACAGUGACAUCCAGUGCAGGGUCAGAACAACAGAACCAGAGCAGCUCGGGCUCCGAGAGCACAGACAAGGGCUCCUCACGGUCCUCCACGCCCAAGGGUGACAUGUCAGCCGUCAAUGAUGAAUCUUUCUGAAAUUGCACAUGGAAUUGUGAAACUAUGAAUCAGGGUAUGAAAUUCAAACCCUCCACCUGCCCAUGCUGCCUCCACCCCUGGAGAACCUUCUGUGGACAUCGACCUCUUAGUGAUGCUGCCAGGAAAAUUUCUGCUUGCCAUGGGCGUCUGGCCACCAAGGAAUUUCACACCCUGACGAUUACUCUUGACACUUUUAUGUAUUCCAUUGUUUUAUAUGAUUUUCCUAACAAUCAUUUAUAAUUGGAUGUGCUCCUGAAUCUACUUUUUAUAAGAAAAAAAAUCUGCUGUGCACAAUUUUCCAUGUACAUUACAACUGGUUUUUGUUUU